UAGACCGUAACGGCUUGCUUGGAUACCAACAAAAUCCAUGCCUGUCCCAGUGUUACGACAUUCAUUUACCAGACCAACACUAACAGUAACAGCAGCAGCAAAUGGUGUCAGUAGUCAUUGAUGAAUUUUUCUGAGCUUAAACUAAAACUGUUCAGUAAUUUGUUAGAUUGACAGUUGAUAUUUUGUUAUAAAAAUGGCUGACCACAAUGAAGAAGAUGGGGGUCCUGGUGAAAAAGAAAUAAACAAGGCUGAUAGCCCAAAGCCAGACACAGGAGAUAAUGAUAUUUCUCCACCUCUAAUUAGCAAAGAUCCGGAUCAAGAUGCAGAGAAAGAGAAUGAAACUGGGGAAAAGAAGGCUGGAGGGAAGUCAAGCAACAUAAAACCUAAGCCCACUGCGGCUCUUGCUGGUGAUGCCAUGAAACUUAACAAGGCGAAUAAAGAUGAGCGCCGCAUGACGAUGGACGCUCGCCACAAAUAUCUUGUUGUUCAAUUGGCGACUGCCCUUAACCUUGAUGCUGGGGCAGUGGAAGAAUUUAUGGUUUCAGAUGACAGAUUUGACAUGAUUGAAGAUUUUUUCAAAGCUGAUGGAUCUCGCAAAAUUAUGUUUUUUUAUCAAGAUAUUGCAAAAGGAUCAUCAGACAAGAAAAAGCUGUUCAUCACCCCAGGAGAUUCAGAAGGUCUACAUGGCAUUUGCUUAUUUUUCCUGCGAACCACUACAAAAGCUAUUACACCAGCUAACAUUGCUCAGGAAGUUAAUUUUAGUACAAUGGAUUGUACUGGUGGGAAAAUCCUGGCUGGAGUCGAGAAGCAUUUAUCAAAGAUAAUUUUGCCUUCACUUAAAUCUCUUGAGGCUUGGGGUACACUAUCAAAAGAAAAUGGAACCAUUGCCCAGGCAGAAGAUUUCUUGGAGCACCUUGAAAAGUUCAUUAACAGUAUUAUGUCUGCCUUGAAAAAUAUGGAAGGGCAAGUAACUCUAAAAGAAAAUGGACACAGCACUAUCAUUGACCACAUUAAAGCACCAGCCGAUUAUCAAGACAUUGCAAGCAACAGUGAAUACCUGGAAAAAUUGGAAGAACUGUUAGUUCUGUGGUCAAAACAGAUUGAGCAAGUCCUGGCAGAAAGUGAGCAGAUGAGACGAGAAGCAGACGAUAUAGGACCAACAGCAGAACUGGCGUAUUGGAAAAGUAGGAUGGCUAAAUUCAACAACCUCCUAGAACAGAUGAAAUGUCCAAGAGUAAAGGCUGUAAUUGGUGUACUUCAUGUUUCUAAGUCAAAAUCUCUCAAAAAGUGGAAAGAUUUGGAUGCCCGUAUUACUGAUGCUGCCAAUGAAGCCAAGGACAAUGUCAAGUACCUGUACACCUUAGAGAAGUUUUUUGGUCCAUUGGUCAAGUGUACACCUGCCUCGAUGAUAGAACAUAUCCCAAGUCUGAUGAAUGCCAUCCGCAUGAUCUACAGCAUCUCCCAGUAUUACAACACCUCAGAAAGAAUGACCUCACUCUUUGUUAAAGUAACCAAUCAGAUGAUCACCACUUGCAAGGCCUACAUCUACCAGGGUGUUACCAAAAUCUGGGAACACCCAAAAGAUGAGCUCUUGAAGAGGUUGAAUGAGUGCAUCAACUUGAACAAUGAGCACCAGCGACAGUUCCAGAAAACUAAAGAAAAGCUUAGAGAAACACCGUCUGAGAGGCAGUUUGAGUUCAGUGAAAACUACAUCUUUGGCAAAUUUGACACCUUCUGUAGAAGACUUGAGAAAAUUAAAGACAUGGUGAACACCAUGGAACAGUUUUCAGGUUUGGUCAACAUCAAGAUUGAAGGCAUUGACACCAUUGUUGUCAGAUACAAAACUAUUGUUGAAACUACCAAGAAGAAGAGCUAUGACAUCCUGGAUCAUAGGAAAGGGGAGUUUGACAAUGACUAUGUAGAUUUCAAAACACAGAUUGAAAAUUUGCGCAGCUCAAUUCAAGCUUUUAUGGACUCCUGGUUUACUCGAUCACUCACUACCGAGAAAGCCUUGGAACUGAUUGAUAAAUUUGAGGCCAUUAGUGCAGCUCAGCUGGACUUGACAGAGAAGUACAUGCGUGUGAUGAAUCAGUAUGGACGCGACCUUGAGUCUAUCCGAAAAGUGUACCAGAAAAACAAAAGUGACCCGCAGAUUCCAAGAAAUCUGCCACCUAUUGCAGGAAAGAUUGCCUGGGCUAGACAGUUGUACAGAAAGAUUGAAACACCAAUGAAAAUUUUCAAGAACAAGCCUGAAAUUUUGAAGAAUCCAGAAUCCAAGAAAAUAGUGCGGAACUUCAACAAAAUGGCUGGUGUUCUUUUAGAAUAUGAGAUGCUGUACCACAGAGGUUGGUAUAGAGCAGUAGAGGCUGCUAAAUCAGGACUCCAUGCCUCUCUCCUUGUGAAACACCCUGAAACAGAGGAACUCUAUGUCAACUUUGACACACAAAUUAUGGAACUUAUCCAAGAGGCUAAAUGGCUUCAGGUGAUGAACCUUGAUGUUCCUGAAGCUGCUAAAGAGCUGAUUGUGAAGGAGGAGGUCAUGAAGGAAAACUUUUUAGCAUUGAAUGAAAUGCUUAGUGAGUUCCAAAGGAUUGUUCAAGCAAUUCCUACUGUGUUACUUCCCCUGAUGAAGCCCUACAAGCAGAGAGUUGAAGAAGCUCUCAAACCAGGGAUAACAACUCUUACAUGGACCUCACUCAAUGUGGACACAUACAUUAAAAGUAUUUACCUGACAAUGCAUGACCUUGAGAAGCUGUCCAAGACGGUGAAGGACAUGCUGGAUUGCCGCAUUGAGGCUGUGCUUGACGACAUGUCCGCCACCGCCCUGUGUGACCUGCCUGAGGAUGAAGCUGUGACGGCUGAAAAAUUUCUCCAGCUGACAACAGAUAUUGUCCAGUCUGCUUCGGAGAUCUUGGCUACGCAGAGCCAAUUGGUUGAAAGAGCUGUCAAUGAACUGGUGGAUACACUCAAGCUAAACCUUACAGCUGAAGAGCGUGUUGGAAUUUCUCCAGAGGAAGGUUACGCAUGUGCUCAGCCUGAUACCAAGAAUAAGAAAUUAAGAUGUCAGGAAUGCUUGCCAUGCUGUUUUUACAAUUUUCUGAAUUAUUUCACUCAAAGAAACACAGAGGCUCUUGUUAAAUGUACUCGCUUGACUAUGGAUGUGCUAAAGCGCAGGCUGCAAGCCAACCGCUACAUCAUUGGGGAUGAGUCACGUGAAGAACACAAGGCACCACUGUUCCGUGUGGAUGUUGUUUUGGAGAUCCCCAACAUUGUUGUCAGACCAAGCCUUGAUGAGCUCCAGCACACAUUAACCAAGGGUGUUCAGAUCAUUCUCAGAGCCUCAGAGAACAUGAACUUGUGGGAACAUCAGAUUUUACACCAGCGUCAGCUUCAAAAGGAAUUAGAACUGCAAGCCCUUGAGGAUAAAGAUGAAGGUGCUAAAAUCAUGCCAAGUGCAGCGCAAGCCAAGCCUCUUCACAAGGUGAUCAGUGAACACAAGGACAUCACCAAGAUUGUCAUCCAGCUCAACUCUAUCAUCAGCACAUUCAAAGGAGACGUGCAAGAGUGUCUAGAAAACUUUACUAACUAUUCUGAGCUGUGGACACAGGAGCCUGAGACUAAAGUCAAAGAGUUCAUGGCAAACAAACCAAUCAUGUCAGAAAUAGAAGCUCAGAUUCGCUACUACCAGAACAUGGAGACAAAAAUUGAGGAAAUGGUUCCAUCAUUCCGUGUUGGCUCUGUAAUUUUCCUUACGGAGCAGUUGAAGAUGGCUCUAGUGACUGAGACCAGAAACUGGAAGAUGGGCUACGCUAAAGCUCUCAAUGAGAAGUGUGGCAAAGAGAUGGACUCAAUGAGCGAGUUUGUGGACAAUCUGAUGAAGCGCCUAUCCCGUCCAAUCAAGGACCUUGACGAUGUCCGUGGCGCCAUGGCCUCUCUCAAUGAGAUCCGUGAAAAUGAGAUUCGUAUAGACAUGACAAUCACACCCAUUGAAGAAACAUAUGCAUUGCUACACAAGUACAACAUUUUCUUUAGUGAUGGGAAUGCUGAAAGGGUCGACUCCUUGUCGUAUGGAUGGAAAAAACUCAAUGCACAGGCUACACACAUCCAAGAACACCUGCUACAAAUACAACCCACAUUCAAGGCUGACCUCUUGGCUGGGGUUGAAAACUUUGUUCAAAUUAAUAAUGAAUUUGUCUCUUCAUAUGACAAAGCUGGGCCCAUGGUAGAUGGCAUAGCCCCACGAGAAGCAUCUGAUCGCCUGAACAUCUACCAGGCCAGGUUUGAUGAGCUGUGGCGCAAGUAUGUGACCUACUCCGGAGGUGAGGAGCUCUUCGGCCUGACUGUGACAGAGUACCCUGACCUGAUGAGGAUUAAAAAAGAGCUGAACCUGCUGCAGAAGUUGUACCAGCUCUACAACACUGUGCUGGAGAAUGUCAAUGGCUACUAUGAUAUUCUUUGGUCUGAAAUCAAUAUUGAGAAAAUUAACUCUGAACUUCUUGAUUUCCAGAACAGAUGCCGAAAACUUCCAAAAGCACUCAAAGAAUGGCAAGCUUAUGAAGACCUCAGGAGAACAAUUGAUGACUUUAAUGAAACUUGUCCAAUUCUGGAGAUGAUGGCCAACAAGGCCAUGCAGCAGCGCCACUGGGAGAGAAUAGCCCAGAUCACAGGCCACACAUUUGAUGUGGAGUCUGACAGUUUCCUGCUCAGAAAUUUGAUGGAAGCUCCACUGCUCAAGUUCAAAGAAGACAUUGAAGAUGUUUGCAUAUCUGCUGUUAAAGAAAAAGACAUUGAAGCUAAACUCAAACAAGUCAUCAAUGAUUGGAGUGCACAAUCAUUCCAGUUUGGCAGUUUUAAAUCAAGAGGAGAACUUCUACUCAAGGGAGAUUCCACAACAGAAAUUGUGGCACUGAUGGAGGACAGCUUGAUGGUACUGGGUGCUUUACUUAGCAACAGGUACAAUGCUCCAUUCAAGCCCAAAAUCCAGGAGUGGGUUCAGAAACUGACUGGAACUACAGAGAUCAUUGAAAACUGGCUGAUUGUACAAAACUUGUGGAUUUACUUGGAGGCUGUCUUUGUUGGAGGUGACAUUGCCAAACAGCUACCACAGGAAGCCAAGAGAUUCAGCAACAUCGACAAAUCCUGGCAGAAGAUCAUGCAGAGAGCCCAUGAGAACUCCAACGUUGUGGGGUGCUGUGUGGGGGACGACACCCUGAGCCAGCUGCUGCCCCACCUCCUGGAACAGCUGGAGAUCUGCCAGAAGUCCCUCACUGGCUACCUGGAGAAGAAGAGGCUGCUCUUCCCCAGGUUCUUCUUUGUGUCUGACCCUGCCCUGUUGGAGAUUCUGGGUCAGGCCAGUGAUUCUCACACUAUUCAGAACCACCUGUUGAGUGUUUUUGACAACACAAGACUUGUCACAUUUGAUGAAAAAGUUUAUGACAAAAUUCUGGCCAUCAAUUCUCAAGAGGGUGAAAAAAUUGAUUUGGAUGAAGCUGUACUGGCACAAGGCAAUGUUGAGCAGUGGCUGGGAGAUUUGCUAAGAGUGGGUCGUCGCUCAUUACAUGGCAUCAUCAAGAUGGCAGCUAUAACAAUCCAGGACCAAGGUUUCAACCUUCUAGAAUUUGAAAACACUUUCCCAUCUCAGGUUGGUCUCCUGGGCAUCCAAAUGAUCUGGACCAGAGACUCUGAAGACGCCCUGAACAAUGCCAGAACAGACAAGAAGGUCAUGGCCAACACCAACCAGAAGUUCCUGGACAUGCUGAACCUGCUCAUUGACCAGACGACCAAAGACCUGACAAAGAUGGAGAGAACCAAGUACGAGACCCUCAUCACCAUCCACGUCCACCAGAAGGACAUCUUCGAUGACUUGGUCCGCCUACACAUCAAGUCUAUGAAUGACUUUGAAUGGCUGAAACAGUCCAGGUUUUACUACAAGGAAGACAUUGACACCUGCAUCAUCUCCAUCACUGAUGUCGACUUUACUUACAUGAUGGAGUUCCUUGGUUGCACUGAUAGGCUGGUCAUCACACCUUUAACUGACAGAUGCUACAUCACACUAGCCCAGGCUUUGGGUAUGGCCUUGGGAGGGGCCCCCGCUGGUCCUGCUGGAACUGGGAAAACAGAAACAACCAAAGACAUGGGACGCUGCCUGGGCAAGUACGUUGUGGUCUUCAACUGUUCUGACCAGAUGGACUACAGAGGACUUGGCAGGAUUUACAAAGGUUUGGCCCAGUCUGGGUCAUGGGGUUGUUUUGAUGAAUUUAACCGCAUUGAGCUGCCAGUGCUUUCAGUAGCCGCACAGCAGAUUGCUAUAGUUCUUCAGGCAAAGAAGGAAAGAAAAACUGCAUUUAUCUUCACUGAUGGCGACAAUGUGGACCUAGAUCCUGAAUUUGGCCUCUUCUUGACCAUGAAUCCUGGUUAUGCUGGUCGCCAAGAGCUGCCAGAGAAUCUGAAAAUCAACUUCAGGACGGUGGCCAUGAUGGUUCCUGACCGUGCCAUCAUCAUCCGUGUCAAACUGGCCAGUUGUGGUUUCCUGCAAAACAUUGUGUUGGCCAAAAAGUUUUUCACUCUGUACAAACUUUGUGAGGAGCAGUUGUCCAAACAGGUCCACUAUGACUUUGGCCUGCGUAACAUCCUGUCUGUGCUGAGAACUCUGGGAGCAUUUAAACGAGCCAACCCAGAGGACGGGGAGCCCAUGAUUGUGAUGCGUGUGCUGCGAGACAUGAACCUGUCCAAGCUGGUUGAUGAAGACGAGCCCCUGUUCAUGUCACUGAUUGAGGACCUCUUCCCUGGCAUGACCCUUGACAAGGCUGGGUACCCAGAGAUGGAGGCAGCCAUUGAGAGAAAGGUAACUGAUGCUGGACUGAUCAACCAUGCACCCUGGAUCCUGAAGCUGAUCCAGUUGUAUGAAACACAGAGAGUCAGGCACGGCAUGAUGACCCUUGGCCCCAGUGGUGCUGGGAAGACUUGCUGCAUCCACACCCUGAUGAAGGCCAUGACCGACUGUGGCACCCCACACAAGGAGAUGAGGAUGAACCCCAAGGCCAUCACGGCCCCUCAGAUGUUUGGCCGUCUUGAUGUGGCCACUAAUGACUGGACGGAUGGAAUUUUCUCAACACUCUGGAGGCGAACUCACAAAACAAAGAAGGGUGAGCAUGUCUGGCUAGUCUUGGAUGGACCAGUCGAUGCCAUUUGGAUUGAAAAUCUAAAUUCAGUCCUUGAUGACAACAAAACCUUGACCUUGGCCAAUGGUGACAGGAUCCCCAUGGCACCAAACUGCAAGAUCAUCUUCGAGGUGCACAACAUUGACAACGCAUCACCAGCAACUGUGUCCCGCAAUGGCAUGGUCUUUAUGUCCAGUUCCAUUCUUGACUGGGAACCCAUCCUCAAAGGUUGGUUGUUGAAGAGGCCACCCCAGCAACAGGACUGUGUGUUCAAUGCAUUCCAGUCUGUCUUCCCUAGACUUUACAGCUACAUCACACAAAGUCUGGAGCCCAAAAUGGAGGUUUUGGAGUGCAACUACAUCCGCCAGGCCAUUGACCUCUUGGAUGGGCUGAUGCCAGGGGGAGAGGAGCCUAAAGACAUCAACAGUGACCACAUAAGGAAACUGAUUGUCUUUGCUCUCAUGUUCUCUCUUGGAUCCUUGCUUGAGCUUGAAGACAGGAAAAAGGUACAAGAUUGGCUGCAGGAGAACAGUGAUCUCCCCUUGCCCAAACUGUCCAAUGAUGACACCAUCUAUGAAUAUGUUGUAGGGGAUACAGGCCAAUGGGAGCACUGGAAGACAAGGGUUCCAGAGUAUGAGUACCCCACAGACUCAACACCUGAAUACACCUCCAUCUUGGUUCCCAAUGUGGACAACAUCAGGACUGAUUUCCUCAUUAAAACAAUUGCAAAACAAGGAAAAGCUGUGCUUCUUAUUGGUGAACAGGGAACAGCCAAAACAGUGAUGGUGCAGGGUUACUGUAACAAGUUUGAUCCAGAGGCUCACAUCUUCAAGAGCUUCAACUUCUCAAGUGCCACCACACCCAUGAUGUUCCAGCGCACAAUUGAGAGCUUUGUUGACAAAAGGAUGGGUACAACCUACGGCCCCCCUGCUGGCAAGAAAAUGACUGUGUUUGUUGAUGACAUCAAUAUGCCCAUUAUUAAUGAAUGGGGUGACCAGGUAACCAAUGAGAUCACGAGGCAGAUGAUGGAGUACAAAGGUUUUUACAACCUAGAGAAACCUGGUGAGUACACAAACCUGGUUGACGUGCAGAUGAUUGCUGCCAUGAUCCACCCCGGGGGUGGCCGCAAUGACAUCCCCCAGAGGCUCAAGAGGGCGUUCAACAUUUUCAACUGCACCCUGCCCUCCAAUGCUUCUAUUGACAAGAUCUUCAAUACUGUUGGCCUUGGACAUUUUGUGAAGGAGAGGGGCUUCCCUGAUGAGGUGCAUGAGCUUGUGAAAAUGUUGGUCCCUGCUACAAGAAGCCUCUGGCAGAAGGUCAAAGUAAAAAUGUUACCCACACCAGCCAAGUUUCAUUAUGUCUUCAACUUAAGAGAUCUUUCUAGAAUCUGGCAGGGCAUGUUGAAAACCAUUGGCUCAGUUGUGACCACUACAGGAGUUCUGAUGUCCCUGUGGAAACAUGAAGCUACCAGAGUCAUAGCAGACAGGUUCACAGAGCAGGCAGACAAAGACUGGUUUGAGAAAACAAUCAAGCAGGUGGCUGAUGAGGUUUGUGGGUCUGUUGUGUCCAACACAAUGGAUGCUGAGCCUUACUUUGUUGACUUUAUGAGAGACGCCCCUGAGCCAACAGGUGAAGAGUCUGAAGAUGCUGACCUCGAGGCCCCCAAGAUUUAUGAACCUGUUGCCACACUGGAAACCCUGGCAGAGAAGCUCCAGUUCUACCAGACAGGAUACAAUGAGAGCAUCAGAGGCAGUGCUAUGGACUUGGUCUUCUUUAAGGAUGCCAUGACCAACCUUGUGAAAAUCUCUCGCAUCAUCCGCACACCACGUGGACACGCCCUUCUAGUGGGUGUUGGAGGCUCAGGCAAGCAGAGUUUGACAAGGCUUGCCUCCUUCAUUGCUGGCUACUCCACCUUCCAAAUCACAUUGACCAGAUCCUACAACACCAGCAACUUGCUGGAAGACUUGAAGAACUUGUACCGCAGGGCCGGACAGACUGGCAAAGGUGUCACUUUCCUCUUCACAGAUAACGAGAUCAAAGAUGAGGCUUUCCUUGAGUACAUGAACAACAUACUGUCCUCUGGAGAGGUGUCAGGCCUGUUUGCCCGUGAUGAGAUGGACGAGAUCCUGCAGGAGCUGAUCGCUGUCAUGAAGAAAGAACAUCCUCGCAGACCACCCACCAAUGAGAACCUGUAUGACUACUACAUGUCCAGAGUCAGGGAGAACUUGCAUGUGGUCUUGUGUUUCUCACCUGUUGGAGAAAAGUUCCGCAACCGUUCCCUCAAGUUCCCUGGUCUAAUCUCCGGCUGCACCAUGGACUGGUUCCAGCGCUGGCCCAAAGAUGCUCUAGUGGCCGUCUCUAACCACUUCCUGUCAUCUUUUGACAUCAGCUGUACGGCCACAGUCAAGUCUGCUGUUGUCAACACAAUGGGCUUGUUCCAGGACAUGGUGGCAGAGAUGUGCGUUGAAUACUUCCAAAGGUUCCGUCGUCAGACCCAUGUCACUCCCAAGUCUUAUCUGUCAUUCAUUUCUGGCUACAAAGUUAUCUACAAGGAGAAGAAAGAAGAGAUUGGUCUCUUGGCCCAGAGGAUGAAUACAGGUCUAGAGAAGCUGAUUGAAGCCACAGAGUCUGUGAAUGAGCUAAGUAAAGAACUGGCUGUCAAAGAAAAAGAGCUGGCAGUGGCCUCAAAGAAAGCUGAUCAGGUAUUGGCUGAGGUCACAGCUAAGGCUCAAGCAGCUGAGAAGGUCAAAGCUCAGGUUCAAAAGGUCAAGGACAAGGCUCAAGCCAUUGUGGACUCCAUUUCUGCGGACAAGGCUAUCGCAGAAGAAAAACUUGAAGCUGCACGUCCAGCUCUAGAGGAGGCUGAGGCUGCACUAAGUACCAUCAAGCCUGCGCACAUCUCCACUGUGCGUAAACUGGCCAAACCUCCACAUCUCAUUAUGAGGAUUAUGGAUGCUUGUUUGCUACUUUUCCAGAAAAGGCUGGAUACUGUAACAAUGGAUCCAGAAAAAAAUUGUGUGAAGCCAUCUUGGGGUGAAGCUCUGAAGUUGAUGAAUUCUUCCAACUUCCUGGGUAUGCUGCUCAACUUCCCUAAGGAUUCUAUCAAUGCUGAAACUGUGGAACUGCUGGAGCCCUACUUGACAGCAGAGGAUUACAGCUUUGAGUAUGCUAAGAAAGUCUGUGGUGAUGUUGCUGGGCUGUGCUCAUGGACAUCGGCCAUGUCCUUCUUCUACACCAUCAACAAGGAAGUCUUGCCCAUGAAGGCCAAUCUGAUCAAACAAGAAGCUCGUCUGAAUGCGGCCAACGCUGAUUUGGCCCAAGCCCAGGCCCAGCUGGACGAGAAACAGAAAGAACUGGACGAGGUCCAGGCUCUGUUUGAUGCAGCCAUGGCAGAAAAACAGGCGUUGAUGGAUGAUGCCGAUGCUUGCCGUCGCAAGAUGAACAACGCUGAAGCUUUGAUCAACGGCCUGUCUGGGGAGAAGAUCAGGUGGACGCAGGCCAGUAAAACAUUUGAGGCCCAGAUCCAGAGGCUGGUGGGUGAUGUCCUCCUGGCCACUGGAUUCCUCUCCUACUCCGGGCCUUUCAACCAGGAGUUCCGCAACUUGAUGCUCCGAAGCUGGAAGAAAGAGAUGUUGGCUGCUAAGAUUCCAUUCAGUGAUGACCUGAACAUCAUCUCUAUGCUGGUACUGAACACAACCAUCUCAGAGUGGAACCUUCAAGGCCUGCCCAAUGAUGAGCUCUCCAUUCAGAAUGGUCUCAUUGUCACCAAGGCAUCCAGAUAUCCAUUGCUGAUUGAUCCACAAGGUCAAGGUAAAGCAUGGAUUAAAAACAAGGAAGGAAAAAAUGAGCUUCAGAUCACAUCACUGAACCAGAAAUACUUCAGGACCCACCUGGAAGAUUCCCUCUCCCUGGGCAGACCUCUGCUCAUUGAAGACGUCGGAGAGGAGCUGGACCCUGCCUUGGACAAUGUCUUAGAAAAGAACUUCAUCAAAUCAGGCUCCACAUUUAAGGUGAAAGUCGGAGACAAGGAGGUAGAUGUCAUGAAGGGGUUCUGUCUGUACAUCACAACCAAGUUAGGUAACCCUGCCUACACUCCUGAGGUCUCUGCUAGAACUUCCAUCAUUGAUUUCACUGUCACCAUGAAGGGUCUGGAGGAUCAGCUGUUGGGUGUUGUCAUUCUCACAGAGAAACAGGAACUGGAAGCUGAGAGAACAAAUCUCUUGGAGGAGGUGACCAGCAACAAAAGGAAAAUGAAAGAACUUGAAGACAAUCUGUUGUACAGGCUGACAUCUACCCAGGGUUCUCUAGUGGAGGAUGAAUCCCUGAUUGAAGUGCUGAAAGUGACCAAAAUUACAGCUGAGGAAGUCAGUGAAAAACUGACCAUUGCUGCUGAUACAGAGACUAAAAUUAACUCUGCCAGAGAAGAGUUCAGGCCAGUUGCAACCCGUGGCAGCAUUAUCUACUUCGUGAUCGUGGAGAUGAGCAUGGUGAACAUCAUGUACCAGACAUCACUGAAGCAGUUCCUGGAACUCUUUGACCUGUCCAUGUCCAAAUCUGUCAAGUCCCCCAUCACAAGCAAGCGUAUCAACAACAUCAUUGAUUACUUGACACUGUCUGUCUUCAAAUACACCUGUCGUGGCCUGUACGAGACAGACAAAUUCCUGUUCACUCUCUUGAUGACCCUGAAGAUUGAGAUGGCUGCAGGCAGAGUGAAGGGAGAGGAGUUUGGUGUCUUUAUUAAAGGUGGUGCUGCCCUGGACCUGAAUGCUGUAGAACCCAAGCCCAAGAAGUGGAUCAUGGACAUGACAUGGCUGAACCUGGUCAAACUCUCUGAGCUGCCUCAGUUCAGUCAGAUCCUCUCACAAGUUGGAAGAAAUGACAAAGCGUGGAAGGCCUGGUUUGAUGAAGAUGCUCCUGAAGAAAGUGUCAUCCCUGACGGCUACAGUAACAGCCUUGACAACUUCCGGAAGCUUCUGCUGAUCAGAUCCUGGUGCCCUGACAGAACCAUCCCCAUGGCCAGAGUUUACGUGGCUGAGGCGAUGGGACAAGAAUUUGCUGAAGGUGUCAUCCUGAACCUGGAGUCAUUGUGGGAGGAGUCACACUCAAGGACACCCAUGGUUUGCUUCCUGUCCAUGGGUUCAGAUCCCACUGAGAAUAUUGAACGCUUAGCCAAGCAGAAAAAUCUAAAAUGUGGAUCCAUUUCUAUGGGACAAGGUCAGGACGUUCAUGCACGACGACUGAUAUCUCUGUCAAUGGCAGAGGGCAGAUGGGUUUUGUUACAAAACUGUCAUCUGGGUCUGGAUUUCAUGGACGAGCUGCUGGACACUGUCCUGACAACAGAGUCAGUGAAUGACCAGUUCCGUAUUUGGCUGACCACAGAGGAACAUCCCAAGUUCCCCAUCAACCUGCUGCAGUGCUCCAUCAAGUUCACCAAUGAGCCGCCAAUGGGGGUCAAGGCUGGCCUCAAGAGGACAUACACUGGCGUGACCCAGGAACAACUGGACUACAGCAACUUGCCAGUUUGGAAACCCAUGCUGUACGGUGUUGCCUUCUUGCACACAACAGUCCAGGAGAGGAGGAAGUUUGGUCCCAUUGGCUGGAACAUUCCCUAUGAGUUUAACCAGGGUGACCUCAACGCCACCAUCCAGUUCAUCCAGAAUCACCUGGAUGACCUUGACCUUAAGAGAGGUGUGAACUGGGUGACUGUGAGGUACAUGAUUGGUGAAGUCCAGUAUGGCGGCAGGGUCACUGAUGACUACGACAAGAGGUUGUUGAACACCUACACCAGGGUCUGGUUCAGUGAGACCAUGUUCACUGACAACUUUGCUUUCUACACAGGCUACAAGAUCCCUAAAUGUAAGAACCUGGAAGAGUACAGGAACUACAUUGAGUCCUUGCCUCUAGUGGACUCGCCUGAGUGCUUUGGUCUACACCCCAACGCUGACAUCACCUAUCAAACCAACACGGCCAACAAAAUGUUGUCCACCAUUGUUAACAUCCAGCCUAAAGACGCUGGCAGUGGGGGUGGGGAGACACGUGAGACAGUUGUCUACAGACUUGCAGACGACAUGCUGGAGAAGCUACCACAAGAUUACGUUCCUCAUGAGGUAAAAGAACGAUUGAAGAAAAUGGGAUCCCUCCAGCCUCUAAACAUUUUCUUAAGACAAGAGAUUGACCGCAUGCAGCGAGUAAUUGGUUUAGUGCGCACCACCCUCAUGGACCUGAAGCUGGCCAUAGAUGGCACAAUCAUCAUGUCUGAGAACCUCAGGGACGCCCUGGACAACAUGUUUGAUGCUAGGGUACCCAACAACUGGAAAAAGGUAUCUUGGCAGUCCACAACACUGGGGUUCUGGUUCACUGACCUGCUGGACCGUAAUGUCCAGUUCAACUCCUGGCUCUUUGAAGGUCGUCCAACAACGUUCUGGAUGACUGGCUUCUUUAAUCCCCAGGGUUUCCUGACGGCCAUGAGACAAGAAAUUACCAGAGCACACAAGGGCUGGGCUCUUGACACUGUCUUCUUGGAGAAUGAUGUCACAAAAAUGAUGAGAGAGGACAUCACCUCUGGUCCAUCUGAAGGUGUGUACGUGUAUGGGCUGUACCUGGACGGUUCAGGCUGGGACCGUCGUAACGCCAAACUUAUCGAGCCCACCCCCAAGGUCUUGUACACGCCCCUGCCUGUUGUGCAUGUUUUUGCCAGCAACCAGGACAAAGGCCCCAGCGCCAACGUCUACCAGUGUCCAGUCUACAAGAAGCCCAACCGCACAGAUCUCACCUACAUCUUCCCCCUGUCUUUGAAGACCAGUAAGAACCCCGACUACUGGACCCUGCGAGGUGUGGCGUUGCUGUGUGACAUCAAGUAGAUUUUAUCCCACACACAUUGUUUUUUUAAAUUUUGGUUUCAUGUGGCUCUAAGCCAUACCUUGGCCAGUUAUAAUUUUAUCUCAUAAUCUGAACAGAUAUAAUCAGUUUUAUUUAAUUUAUGGAUGUUUUUAAAUAUAUUUCAAAAUGACAAGAAUGUGUUUUGAAAUAUUUUGACCAUCUUAAGAAAAGUGAACGAGUAGCCCAAAUAUACCAUGAAAUUGGUAUUAAUUAGAAAAUGAUAAGCCAUUUAUUAAAUUAAACUUGUUGGUUAAUAAAUUAUAUAGAUUAUAUGCGCUGUUUUCUUAAAAAGUUUUUUUUAAAAAUACAUGAAUAAAUAUAUAUAUAUAUAUAUUGUGAUAUUCACAAUUGAAAACACCUUUCUAAGAGGAAUGAAUUUAAUAGAAAAUUGUCAAUUCAUGAUAAAAAAAGCCUUUGGAGUUAUAGAACUAUUAUUCUGACAUUCAUAUUUUUUAUUAAACAAAUAAUCAGUAUUGAUAAUUUAACAAUAUCAACAUUUUUCAAAUGUGAAAUGUUGUAAUGCAAUGCUUUCUUUGUGAUUUACUGUAAAUCUAUAUUACAGUGUAUUUUGUGAUAGUAGGCCUAUUUGUAUAGUUAAGCAUUUUCUGUGUCUGCUAAUAUUUACAGUAUAUCAAAACAGUUCGGCAGGUCAACAAGUAUUCCAUUAUUAACUGACCACUACACAAUUGUUGACUGUAAUUGACUUAAGUAUUAGUUUCUUUGUGUGUGCAAUCUUUAUCAUACCGCUUAGUAUUACUGACACAAAGUUUAAAAUUUAGAUCAAUCUUAACCUCAAAGUGUGCUGUGAAAAUAUUUUUUUUAUUCAAACACAAUUUUUCUGUGUUGCUGAGCAGUAUUAAUAAAAGAAUUUCAAAGUA